AUGAAGGCCAGCCUGCAAAGCACCGCCUCGGAGUUCGUGCCUGGCGAUCAGAAGCCGGCGGGGCCCGUAGGCGGAGCGAAGGGAUCCCCAUCGCUCACUGGCACCCUGUCGGCCACGCCCUUCGUGCCCUCUCCCAAGCUCUUGGUGGGGCUCGAGGCACCUCCCUUCACCCCAGCCUUUGCGGUGCUGAGCGCGGCGGGGCAGGGACCCUUCGUCCCCGGCGGCCCGGGAGUGGCGGCGGGCCAGCGCUCGCCGCAGGCGGGCAGGGGCCGAGGGAGGCGUCCCGCGGCGCCGUACGCUGCCACGCUGGGCCAGCCGGCGACGGUGCCCGCCUCUGCGCUUUCCAUUACCGAGGCCCUGCGCGCCGAGCUGCAGGCCGACCUGACAGCGCAGCAGGCCCAGCCCGACCCGGGCCUGCCCGACUUCGUGGGGAGCUACCACUCGCUGUGCGCGCUGGAGGACGCCUCCCCCGGCGCGGCCCACCCCGCGCCCGCCCUGGGCGUGCCCUCCCGCGUCUACCGCGCCGCCUCGGCCCGCGACGGGUCCUGCGUGGCGCUGCGGCGCCUGGACCCGCAGGCCGUGGCCCCCGCGCCGCAGCUGCUGGCCGGCUUCCGCGCCGCGCAGGAGCGCUGGCGCGCUGUGGAGGGGCAGCCUUUCCUGGCCGCCUGGCGCGAGGCGCUGGUCAGCGCCGAGCUGGACGGUGCGCCCGCGCUCUGGCUGGCCCACGCCUUUGUCCCUGGCGCGGUCACGCUGGAGGUUGCCCACCUGGCGCCUGGCGCGCGGCCGCCGGGCGUGGACCGCCUCUGGCAGUACCUCGUCCAGCUGGCGGCGGCGCUGCACGCUGUGCAUGGAGCGGGGCUGGUGCUCUGGGGCGCGGGGCUGGCGCCCUCCAAGAUCCUGGUGUCGAGCGAGGCGGGCGGCGCCCCCCGUCUGCGCAUCGCGGCCGCCGGCACGCUGGACGCGCUGAUGCAGGUCCCCGGCGCGGGCGAGGAGGACCUGCGUCGCCUGCAGCGCUCCGACCUGGCUGCGCUGGGCCACACGCUGCUGACCCUGGCCUGCGCCGGGCUGGGCGCCAGCCCCUCCCUGGACCUGCUGCCGGGGUCGACCCCGCCCGACCUGGUCCGCGUCAUCGCGGGGCUGCUCGCCUCGGCGCAGGGCGGCGGCUUCCAGGACACGUCCGCCCUGGCCGGCGCCCUGGCGAUGCACACGGUGGGCGCGCUUUCUUCGACCGCAGCACGCGGCGACGCGAUGCGCGCCGAGCUGGCCAAGGAGUGCGAGAACGGGCGCCUGCUGCGCCUGCUGGCGCGGCUGGGCACCGUGGCCGGGCGGCCCAGCCUGGGCGGCGACACUGAGUGGGCGGAGACGGGGGACAGGUAUAUGCUGAAGCUCUUCUACUCCUUCCUACUGCACCAAGUGGACGAGGCGGGUCAGCCCACCCUGGACUGGGGGGUGCUGGCGGAGUCCCUCAACAAGCUGGACGCUGGGGUGCCGGAAUCGGUGGGAUGGGCGUGGACCUUGGGAGGGUGGCGGUACUGCGGCCGGCAUGGUGACAACGAUUGCUGA